CUUGCCAAUGGACUGGGUGGCAAGACAGUGGACGACGUAGGCAACAUUAUCGACGAGACUGGCAAGGUUGUCGGCCAUGCGACCGGUGACCUUCCCGCCAUGAUAGGAAAGAAGGUUGCCGACAAUGGAGAAAUCUAUGGAGAAAGUGGGGAACUCAUUGGUUACGUGACAGAAAACCUUACCGGACACCCUCCGCCAGAGCAACAUCCGGCACAUGCGAUGCCAUUACCUGGUGGCCUCACCGUUGAUGCCGAAGGUAAUAUCUUCGACAGUUCGGGCAAAGCUAUCGGAAAGCUCAACAAUAAGCCUGCGCAAAGCGGUCUCCUGGUGUCACAUAGCAAACCUACUCAAGAUGCGCCCAAGACGGAGGAAAAGCCGGAGCACGAUCAGGAGAAGGAGAAAGAAAACCAGGGCAUUCCUGCUGACAUAUUUUUGGACGUCAAGUCUACUCCAGAUGGGAUUCAGCUGACGAUUCGCAUUCCGACCGUGUUCAAGCAAGAACCACGGAAACCGCAAGAGCCACAGGAGGCCUCAUCUUGA